GUCAGCUCCGGGGCCGCGGGGGCAGCGAGCGCCGGGCAGCGGGAGGGAGCGGCGGCCGCGCCAUGUGGCUGCUGGGGCCGCUGUGCCUGCUGCUGAGCAGCGCCGCGGAGAGCCAGCUGCUCCCCGGGAACAACUUCACCAACGAGUGCAACAUCCCGGGCAACUUCAUGUGCACCAACGGGCGCUGCAUCCCGGGCGCCUGGCACUGCGACGGGCUGCCCGACUGCUUCGACAAGAGCGACGAGAAGGAGUGCUCCAAGGCCAAGUCGAGAUGCAGCCCGACGUUCUUCCCCUGUGCCAGCGGCAUCCACUGCAUCAUCGGCCGCUUCCGGUGUAACGGGUUCGAGGACUGCCCCGACGGCAGCGACGAAGAGAACUGCACAGCAAACCCUCUGCUCUGCUCCACCGCCCGCUACCACUGUAAGAACGGGCUCUGCAUCGACAAGAGCUUCAUCUGCGACGGCCAGAACAACUGCCAGGACAACAGCGACGAGGAAAGCUGCGAGAGCUCGCAAGAGCCGGGCAGCGGGCAGGUGUUCGUGACGUCGGAGAACCAGCUGGUAUACUACCCCAGCAUCACCUACGCCAUCAUCGGCAGCUCCGUCAUCUUCGUGCUCGUGGUGGCCCUGCUGGCGCUGGUCCUGCACCACCAGCGCAAGCGCAACAACCUCAUGACGCUGCCCGUGCACCGGCUGCAGCACCCCGUGCUGCUGUCACGCCUCGUGGUGCUCGACCACCCGCACCACUGCAACGUCACCUACAACGUCAACAACGGCAUCCAGUACGUGGCCAGCCAGGCCGAGCAGAACGCCUCGGACGUGGGCUCCCCGCCCUCCUACUCCGAGGCCCUGCUGGACCAGAGACCCGCGUGGUACGACCUCCCUCCGCCGCCCUACUCUUCCGACACCGAGUCCCUGAACCAGGCCGACCUGCCUCCUUACCGCUCCCGGUCGGGGAGCGCCGACAGCGCCAGCUCCCGGGCGGCCAGCAGCCUCCUGAGCGUGGAAGACACGGGCCUCGGCCCCGGGCAGCCCGGCCCCCCGGAGGGCACCACCACGCCCAGGGACUCCGUGCCCGGCCAGGGCCCCGAAGAAGUAUAAAACCCGGCUAUUCCAGACUCCACACGGGUCCAUCCGCUCUGACCUGGUACCAUCCUAACCACCUGCCCUCGGGAAGUCGGGGGGGCCUCAGGGACUGAUCUGGGGUGUCCGCUGUCUCUCCGUCCCCCUCCUGCCCCACAUUUCAGGGAUGUCCUCCAGCGGGGGUUUUCCUGGCCUCUCCAUUGGCACGAUGUGUGUGGGCAUCUGUCCUGGGAGGUCAAGCUUCCGCUCAGCCCAGGGUCAAACCUCCCUCUCCACAUCGUCCUACUGUUGCCACUCUCACCUGGCGGAGGAGGGGACAGGGUCACACGGGUCCGGGGACGCCUGAGGAAGCGGUGUCUGUGGCGUGUCGGAUGGGCAGAGGGGCAGGCACUGGGCCGCGUGCCCUGUGGGCUGCCGUCUGAUAGCUUUUUGGGGGUCCUGGUGCCUUUCCCCCUCGGCUGUGGUCUCUGCUCCUGCUAGCUGUCCUCUCUGUGGACAGCCACAGGGCCCGCCCACCAGGAGGCCGCCUCGGGGUGGCCGCCCUGCAGGGAGGCCCGGCGAGCAUCCCGCACUGUCCUCCGUGUUCCCCUCCGUUCAGCGGAGGCAGCGGUGGCCAGAGAGCACGUGUCAGUGGUCAGCCGUGUCACUCAGGUGUUGGGGAUGACCCUGAACCUGUCCACUCUGGGUAAAUUCUGGCUUUAACUCGUGGCCUGAGAAUCCCCGUUUGGAGAGCGUCUCUGGCCGCAUAUCCUCAGCCUCGUCCCAGAACAGGCAGGAAGGAGUGGAGCAGAGGCCCGCUGUGCCCACAGUCCCUCCCCCGGCUCCUGGAUCGGCAGCCUCCCGCUGUGACAUGCCUGUGGCCCGGCGAUGUGCACCCUGCUGUGACCCUGGUGCCCGUGAACCUCACCCAGCCGCCCGGCCGCCCUUCCUGCAGCUUCCACACUAGCCCCCCAGGUUCCCUUCACACGCAGAAGUCACGUUACCUGUGCGUUUGGACUUGACACUGCCUUUUCUAACCCGUGUGAGAACCUCCCCCCAGAGCUCCCAGCUCCCUGUACUGCACACUCUCCCCUCCCCCGGGCCCCGAUCGAUGUAGGGUCAGGGGUACAGUUAGAGUUGGGCCCCUUCGGACAUCCCAUCGUUUCUCCCCUGAGAGGCACGGACGGUGGACGAUUUGGAGUCAAGAUUUGCCAUUUGGACUUUUUUUUUUUUUUUUUUUUUUAAUCUCUUAGAAAUGCAUUUGAAACAGUGUGUUUGGGUUUUGUUUUGUUUUUCCCUUCUAGUUAAGGGACUAUUUAUAUGUGUAUAGGACAGCUGUCUUUUUUGUUGUUGUUGUGUUUUCUUUAGUGAGGUCCAAAGAAAGAUGCAAACGGGGGUCCGGCCUGUGUCCCGCUGACACACACACACACACACACACACACACACCCGUAAAGCCCCUCCAGACGGGCCCGUGGGCCAGGCGCUUGUGCACCGUGGCACUUGGGAUUGUCAUUGAUGGAGUCCUCGAAGGAUGUGUCACGGUCUCUGUGCUCCUGCUAGCUGCCCUCUUUGUGCCCGGCCAGCCCCGGGGCCCACCCCCUGGGGAGAUAACGGGUAGGAACCUAGACCUUAUUUGGCAGGACGCUGACAGGAUGAAACUGGAACCAGGCGGAGCCACUCUGGGCAGCUCCCACCCACUCAGGGCUUCUCUCCACAGCCCACGACGCUUUCGGCAGCCGCUCUGAUGCUCACUCACAAGGAGCCUGCAGACAGGGAGGAAGAGGUGUCCCGUGAUCCUUAUUCCGUAGACUUCUUAACCAAAUCCAGAGGAUAUUACGGAAAAGCUAACCACGUGGUGAUUUUUUUCUUUUUCUUUUUUUUAAUAUAUUUUAUUGAUUUUUUUACAGAGAGGAAGAGAGAGGGAUAGAGUUAGAAACA